ACAUACAGGUAUGGCGGCGAGUCCCGAGAUCAGGUUGGACAGCAUUGUUUAGGGCUUUUAGUUUUACCUUUUCCUCCUUUUUUUGCGGUUCCUGUUUCAAUGCAUAUCCGUUUUCCUGUAAAACACGGACAGUGUUUGUGAUCAGGGAUGAACUGGUCAGGACUGGAGUCCCUUCUUAGCGGGGUCAAUAAAUAUUCGACAGUUUUUGGUCGAGUGUGGCUGUCCGUGGUGUUUGUGUUCCGUGUACUGGUGUUUGUGGUGGCGGCUCAGCGCGUUUGGGGCGACGAGAACUUCGUGUGCAACACCAGGCAGCCCGGCUGCACCACCGUCUGCUACGACAGCACGUUCCCCAUCUCUCACAUCCGUCUGUGGGCCUUACAGAUCAUCUUUGUCACAUGUCCGUCGCUCUUGGUCGUAGCCCACGUCAAAUACAGAGAGGAAAAAGACCAGAAUUACAUUGCUGUUCACCAGGGCAACCACUUAUACGCCAACCCUGGAAAAAAACGCGGGGGUCUUUGGUGGACCUACCUGCUUAGCUUGAUCUUUAAAGCUGUGUUUGAUGCUGCCUUUCUCUAUAUUCUUCAUCACAUCUAUAAAGGCUUUGACCUCCCCCGCAUCACCAAGUGCUCGCUGGACCCUUGUCCCAAUACGGUGGAUUGUUUCAUCUCACGCCCUACAGAGAAGAAAAUCUUCACCCUCUUCAUGGUGGCGGCCUCUGUUCUCUGCAUCUUCAUGUGUAUCUGCGAAAUGACUUAUCUCAUUGGAAAGCGUAUACUAAAAUACUGUAUGAUGUCACAGUCACCACCGCAACUAUCUAAAAGACCGGAUCCCACUCUCUCCAGCAGCCAAAACUUGGGUUCACAAAAAUUAAAGGACACUAAAAUAGUCAAGACUGCUCUUUAAUGACAGCGGUAUGUUGAAAAACCUUUACAACCUCAUUGAGAUAGAUAGAUAGAUAGAUA